AAUUUCAUUUUCCAUAACAAAUCAAAAAGCAAACGACAUUGACACAGCCAAAAAUAAAAUAAAAUCAUUUUUGUAAAAAUAGUUUCAACUCAAUACGAAACUAUGGGUUCCUCAUCGAAAAAACAUCGCAAAGAAUCCAAAAAACACAAACGUUCUCGCUCCGAAUCUGAAUCCUCCGAUGUUCGUGUUGAAAAAGAUCGCGACUCGUCCAGACAUCGUCAUCGUCACAAUCGAUCACGUAAAAACGACGAUGAAUCCAGAUCGCGUUCUGGAUCGCUUAUUGCAAAGAGCACCAAAUCAAGUGAAGACCGGGAACGUCGCCACAAACAUAAACACAAGCGUCACAAGGAGCGUCAUCAUGCCAAAGAACCGAAACGAAAGGAGGACGUUGUGGUUUCCCUGGACAAUUCUGAUAGCGACAGUUCGGAUUGUGUGGAGGUCCCAGUUGAUGCUGAAGCUGUUGAAAAUGCCCCAAAACCAGCGAAGAAACCUUCGGAAACCAUCAGAAAUGAUGAGGAUCAAUUGGAGAGGGAGCAGCGGGCCAAGGAAAGGGAAAGGGACCAGCGAGAUCGUGAAAAGGAGAUGCGGGAGAGGGAAAAGAGGGAACGUGAAAGGGAGAAGGAACGCGAAAGGGAGUUCCGUGAACGUGAGCACCGGGAGCGGGAAAUGGCGCGUGAACGCGAACAAGCUCGUGACAGGGAGAGGGAACGUGAUCGGGAUCGAGAGCGUGAGCAGUAUCGAGAUCGUGAACGAGAUCGUGACCAGGACCGAUACCAACAUCAGCACGGAAGUCAGCGGGAAUCCCAGAUGCAGAAACCGUCGUCGUCCUCGACAUCGACAAGAAGGGAACCCGAGAAGCGUAAGGAACGUUCUGCUUCGCCAAUUCCAGAAAACGGAGCUGGGGACUGCCUGUCCAUUGAGGAGACCAACAAGAUUCGUCUUAAGCUUGGUCUGAAGCCUCUCGAAGUCGACUCGGGUCCCAUAAAGCCGUCGUCAUCUUCAGCAGAGAAGUCUGCAGUGGACGAAAAAACGGGUGACACUCUUGCCAGCUACAAAGACGAAUGGGGAGAGUUCCUUCACAAGCCAGCCGAUAAUUUGAAGGACAAGGCGCAGGCAGAGAAGCUACGUGAGAAGUUCAAGCAGAAGAAGGAGAAACGGAUGCUGGAGGAGAAGCUGAAGCGGAUCAGAACUUUGGGAGAGUCCGACGAAGAGGUUGACGAUGUCGAGAAAUGGGUGGACCGCAACAAGAAGAAGGAACACAUGCGGAAGGAAGCGGAAAUGAGGGCCAAGGCUCUGGAAGAAAUGGAUGCGGAGUUCGGAGUCGAUGAUUUGAUGGAGAAGGAGAAGCGCGAAGCUAGGCGAAAGGCGUACAACGAUAAUCAUCUUCGAGGCCUCCGAGUGGACCACGACAUGGAAGACUUCUCUGAGGGGAAGACGGUUAUCCUGACUUUAAAGGAUAAGGGCGUGUUGGACGAGGAUGAUGACACUUUGGUCAAUGUCAACAUGAUGGACGACGAACAUUAUCGCAAGAAUGUCAUCAACAAGAAGAAGAAUCCACUGAGCUACGGCUAUGACGUCUACGAGGAGCAAUACGAUAUGCUUGGCAAUCCUAUUGAUCGUGGCAUCCUUGAGAAGUACGACGAAGAAAUUGAAGGUGCCCAAAGGAAGAAGAACUUCGUAAUUGGAGAGAACCUCGAGGAGAGAAAAGAACAACAGCGAAAAUUGCUUGAGAUCAAGACAAAGCUGGCCGGGAAGCGCUUGGAAACUCUGGAAGACACAAGAAUACAACUGGCUUCAGAUACCUACACCGAAGUCGAAAUGGCCAAAUUCAAGAAGCCCAAGAAGAAGGUCAAAAAGAUACGCAAAAAGUUGAAAGCUGAUGACUUGUUGCCGUUGGCAGAGGAGCCAUCUGAACAGCAUUACGGAAGGCGAUUGAGGGUUCAUGGAGAGGUGGACGAUGAUGUGGAACUGGUGUUGGACAAUUCGGAGAUGAAGCACAAUCUCGAGGAAGAAGAUGACCUGCAAAGAGUUCUAUCGAAGGCGAGGAAGUUGAAGCAGAAAGAAUCACUCAUCAAGAAGACUCUUCCUCUGGAUGUGACAGAAUUGAAGGCUGAAGUGAAGGAAGAGCCGGAGGAUGACGACGAGCAGGCAAAUGGGCUGAGAGGAGAGGGUCACAUAACGCUCAACGCUACAGCAGAGUUUUGUCGGACUCUGGGAGACAUUCCGACCUACGGGAUGGCUGGUAAUCGAGAUGAGGACUCGAACGACAUGAUGGACUACGAGGUGGAGGAACGUGUCAACGAGGCCAAGCAAGAGGAGCCCGAAGCCAGCACUGGAACAUGGAACUCAGUGAAUCCGGAGGACGUAAUAAGACCGAUGGAAGAUGACAUAUCCAAUGAUUUGGGUGAUGUGGCUAUUUUGGAUGAGGAGCCAGAUGUUGGAGCUGGUGUUGGAAAUGCCCUCAAACUCGCUCUGUCAAAGGGAUACUUGGAGAAGGACGACAAAAAUCGUCCGAGUAACUCGAAGUUGUCCUAUUUGCAAGCCAAGAAUUACUCCAUUGAAGAUAAGUCUGCAGGGGAUGAUGACAAGUUUGGUCGUCGAGAUCGCUUCCAUUCCGGACCGAUUAUGGAAUUUCGAGACAAGGAGACAUUCAAGCCGAAUGUUAAACUGGAAUACAUCGACGAUAAUGGUCGGAUUUUGAAUUUGAAGGAGGCAUUUAGGUAUUUAUCGCACAAAUUCCACGGCAAAGGACCCGGAAAGAACAAGAUCGAGAAGAGACUCAAGAAAAUGGAACAAGAUGGGUUGAUGAAAACUAUGAGUUCAACAGACACUCCAUUAGGAACUCUAACGAUGUUGCAGCAGAAACAAAAGGAAACAAAAACCCCUUACGUUGUAUUGAGCGGGGGCAAGCAAGCAGCAGCUGUUAGCAAUACAACAAUAUCCAAAUAUAAAUAAAAUAAGAACUAACCACCAGAAUAGGAGUAGGAGUAUAUUUCUAAAAUGUACCACUUUAGUUUUAAUCUUACAAUAAUCUUAUCUUAUCUUAUCUUAUAAAAUAAAAAUACAAAUUAUGUAAUCAUUUUUAAUUUAAGA